AUGGAGGGCAUCAAGAAGGCAUUCGCUCGUGCAAAGAGCGAAGGCCGCCCUGCUCUGGUCACGUACACCACCGCCGGGUAUCCUACAAUCGCUGAGACGCCCGACAUUCUAUUGUCAAUGGAAGCUGGUGGCUCAGAUGUGAUCGAGCUUGGAACACCAUUCACAGACCCAAUCGCAGACGGACCAACGAUUCAGACCGCAAACACUCAGGCAUUGGCGAACGGCACUUCAACGAAGCACUGCCUUCAAAUCGUGAGAGAUGCGCGGAGUAGAGGCCUCAAGGCUCCUGUUCUGCUCAUGGGAUACUAUAACCCUUUGUUGGCAUACGGGGAGGAGAAGAUGCUGCAAGAUGCAAAGGCUGCUGGUGUGAACGGCUUCAUUAUGGUAGACCUGCCACCAGAGGAGGCUGUGCGAUUCAGACAACACUGCACGACAUAUGGUCUCUCAUACGUGCCUUUGAUUGCUCCGGCGACCAGUGAGAAGCGCAUGAAGUUGCUUUGCAGCAUUGCAGACUCUUUCAUUUACGUCGUGUCGAGAAUGGGUGUCACUGGUGCUACUGGUGCUCUCAGCACUGGUCUGCCAGCAUUGCUUGAGAGGGUCCACAAAUACUCGAAUGGAGCGCCAGCUGCUGUGGGCUUCGGCGUGAGCACUCGUGAGCACUUUGUGGAGGUAGGCAAGGUCUCUGAGGGCGUUGUGAUUGGCAGUCAAAUCAUCACUACGAUCAAGAAUGCAGGCAAGGGCAAAGGCGCAAAGGCUGUGGAGGAGUACUGCUAUUCCAUCACACAACGGCGAAACCCACAAACCGUACCAAAUGGAGCAACCAACGGUCACUCAAUCUCUACUGCAGCAAACCCCAAUGGCGAUGGCAGCGGCUGGAUCUCACAAUCGAACAACGAGUCCGCGAAGAAGAUUUCCACAGUAGAUGCCACCAAGCAACCUGCUAGCGAGAGCGACCAUUCGAAUGGCACUGUACAUGUCGAUGGGAUUGUGAAAGGCUCGGAUGGACCGGGACUCGCAGACCAGAUGGAAGCUCUAAACACUGAUGGCGCUGACAAAGAGCUGAUGCGGUCAAGAUUCGGAGAGUUUGGUGGUCAAUAUGUGCCAGAAUCACUCAUGGACUGCUUGUCGGAACUCGAGAAGGGCUUCAACGACGCGCGCAACGACCCAGAGUUCUGGAAGGAGUACCGAUCAUACUACCCGUACAUGAGCAGGCCUUCAUCACUACACAAAGCAGAGCGAGUUACGGAGCAUGUGCGUCAGAAUUCGAAAGACGGCUAUGGUGCGAACGUGUAUCUGAAGCGAGAGGAUCUCAACCAUACUGGCUCACACAAAAUCAACAAUGCCAUUGGUCAAAUACUGAUCGCGAGACGGCUGGGAAAGACUGAGAUCAUUGCUGAAACAGGCGCUGGACAACACGGUGUCGCCACUGCUACUGUCUGCGCAAGAUUCGGCAUGAAAUGUACGGUAUACAUGGGUGCCGAAGACGUACGGAGACAAGCUCUGAACGUGUUCCGCAUGAAGCUGCUGGGCGCUUCAGUGGUUGCUGUCGAAUCUGGAUCAAAGACUCUUCGCGACGCUGUCAACGAGGCAUUAAGGAAGUGGGUUGAGAAGCUGGAUACUACGCACUACAUCAUCGGCUCUGCCAUUGGACCUCAUCCCUUCCCAACGAUGGUGCGGACGUUCCAGAGCGUGAUCGGGAACGAGACGAAGCAACAGAUGCACGAGCUAACCGGUCGCUUGCCUGACGCUGUCGUAGCUUGCGUUGGUGGUGGCAGCAAUGCGACGGGCAUGUUCCACCCAUUCUCGCAGGACCCAAGCGUGCAACUACUAGGUGUCGAGGCCGGAGGAGACGGUGUCGAAACCAACAAGCACAGUGCAACACUCACGGGAGGCAAGCCAGGCGUCCUUCACGGCGUUCGAACUUACAUCCUCCAAAGCGAAGAAGGCCAAAUCAACGACACGCACUCCGUAUCAGCAGGUCUGGACUAUCCUGGCGUAGGACCUGAGCUUUCUGGUUGGAAAGACAGCUCGCGCGCCAAGUUCAUCGCUGCCACCGACGCAGAAGCUUUCAUCGGCUUCCGGCUCCUUUCUGAACUGGAAGGUAUCAUCCCAGCCCUAGAGACGAGCCACGCCGUCUUCGGUGCCAUCGAGCUCGCGAAGACGCUCAAACAGGACCAGAACAUUGUCAUCUGUGUCUCUGGACGAGGUGACAAGGAUGUUCAGUCUGUUGCGGAGGAGUUGCCGACUAUUGGACCUAAGAUCGGUUGGGAUCUGAGGUUCUAG